UGCGGCAAGCAUCAGUGCCAUCCAGGGCUUUGGACAGGGUGGUCAGGCCCAAGGAUCACCGAUGCCCCCGCGCCCCGCCGGUGCUCCUGCUCAGCCUGGCCAAGCCCAACGACCUACCCCGCAGACCCAGUAUGGCCAGCAGAUGGCCAACAGGACCACCAUGCAGCAGCAGCAGCAGCAGCAGCAGCCCCCUACUGCUUUCCAAGGCCAGCACAACCCCGCUACGCAGCAAAACGGUUUCCAACAGUCCCAAGUUGAUGGUGCUGGCGAAGACGAGUUCGAGGGCGUUCUACUGCGUCGCGGUGAGAACGGCGAGACGUCCGAGAUGGGACGUGUAGACAUCGAUCGCAUGCUUCACCGGCAGAUGGCAGCCAGGGCUAAGCAGCUCGAAGGUGGCGGUCUGAUGCUUCCCCUGAAGCAGGCAACCAAGCACAAGUCCAUCGCAUUCAAAUCUGCUCCUGCUGGUGCAUCCGGUUUCGACGGCAUCGACGAGGACAUCAAAAAGGAAGACGAUGGUUUCGAGCAGGAAGAGCAAGUGCCAGAACCAAUAGACAUCGAAGAGCCUGAGGAAGACGAGGAUGCCAUCAACUCGGACCUCGAUGACCCCAAUGAGGUGGAUAUUGAGGAAGAGGACGAUGACGAGAACAUGGACCAGGUGAUGCUGUGCAUGUACGACAAGGUCCAGCGGGUCAAGAAUAAGUGGAAGUGCACUUUGAAGGACGGCGUCCUGAAUGUCAAUGGCAAGGACUACGUCUUCCACAAGGCCACUGGAGAGUAUGAGUGGUAGUUUCUCUACACCCAUACAAUUUCGGCAUUCCAUGCAGCAGCAGACUGGGUGCUGUCGCAUGGCACUUAUACAUGAUUUCGGGUGCUUCAGUACACAACAAACGGUCGGGCUUGCAUUCUCAUUGAGCCAGAAAAUGGCUCAUCAUCAAAAAUUGAUCACGAUGAUCUGGUCUUUGCAAUUCGAAAAUGGGAUGAAAGGUCCCCAAUACAAUAGGAUCAUGGGAAGAAACAGAGAAAGAAGUGAAAAGGGAACCACCUACUCGAGUGCGUCAGGACGGGGUGGCAAGCAUGCCACCCACUUGAUACAGUAUGCGAUGCGCAAAGUGAGGGAACAGUGAUCACAGGCGUUCUCUGAGGAUUCGGGAUGGUUCGACUUUCAUUUAUUUUCUUUCCUUUUUUUGAAAACACCAGCCAGAAGAUGUGGCAGAAGCAGGAAACAAACAGGGCUUUGGUGUAAUGAUACUCACGAUAGUUGCGAUGGAAUAAGGGGUCAAGUCCAGAG